GAUUAAAAAUUAAAAUAAGUGAAUUGCGUUAUCGCUAGUAGUCCAUCUCUAAUCGCACGAGGUGAACAAAUCGCAAAAAUUUCAGAACGUUUAUUAAAUAAAACAUACAAAAAGGGAAAAAAAAUGACGGAAGCAGAGGAAAUCAACGGCAGAGAAGAAGUGGAGGAUGACGAGCAGGAUCAAAAGCAAAAGAAAUCCGACGUGAAACGACAUGACGACGGCGCCGCAGACCUGGAACGUGUUACGGAUUAUGCCGAGGAAAAGGAGAUAUCUGCGGCCAACAUAUCCAGCGCUGUGGAACAGUUUGGCAACCAGCGAAACAAGGAGAACGAACUGCGAGUAGCCAAGGAAAAGGAGCUCCAGAAGGUCCAAGUCAAGAAAGAGGACAUUGAACUGAUUAUGAACGAGCUGCUGGUUAGCAAGGCGCACGCCGAGAAGGUGCUCCGCGAGCAGAGCGGCGACGUGGUGGCCGCCUUGGAAGCCAUCAUCAGCAACUGAGCUGAGGUGCUCGGGGAACCUGGACUAAUCGCCGUCUGUUUCUUUUACGUAGCGUAACACUGCUUUAUUUGUACAUUUAUAAACUCUAGCGAAGAAAACAAAACAAAACUUAAGCCCACAAGA